AUGACUACUGUUUCUAAAACUUUAUCAUUCAUUUUUUCUCAAAAAGGAAAACCAUUGUUAAUGAUGAACAAUUUCCUAUCUAAAUUAAAUAAAACCACAAAUACAAAAAAAUAUUAUCGAUGUGAAAAUCCUCAAUGUACUAUGACUUUACGUACAGAUAUAAAUGAUGUUCUAAUACGAACUAAAGAUCAUCAUAAUCAUCCACCUGAACCUGAACAAAUUGAAGUUCGAAAGCUCAAACACGUUAUCAAAGAACGUGCAAAAAAUGAAACUACUCCUAAACCAAAAAUAUAUGAUGAAGAAACAGCGAGAUUUUGUUUAACAUCAUUGGCUAUUGCUAUUGUUCCAUCACAAAGAGAAAUAAGUACUCGAAUACUUUAUAUUCGCGGUAUAACAAUAGUGAGAUUGGUGCGAUGGAACUUUUUGAUGGACUAUCAUAUGUCGUGACUAAAAAUCUAAUAUUAAAAAAGAAGUAAACUGUCAUCAUCUGAAGUUUAUUUAUAUUUGAUCUAGAUUAAUGCUAUGGAUUUUUCUGUUCUUUCGUUUACUCAAUAAAUUCUCUUUCAAUGCUAUACUUGGUUAUUAUGAAAUAAAUUUUUCUCUAUUCGAUUUUUUUCUUUUUCGACGUUUUUCCUUUUCGCUAUUUUUCUUUCGAUGGUUUUCUAUUCGAUGAUUAUCCGUCGACAUUUCACCUUUCGAUAUUUCUCUCUUCGAUAUAUUUCUUUUCUAUAUUUUUCCUUUCUUUCUUUUUCCAUCAUACCAAGUUAACUGCUCCCCAUUAAACAUAGUGCGAGCGAAAUGAGAUAGAUCAGUAAUCGGCUCUCGAGGUUUUAUAUAGAACAUUUAAUUGUUCUAGGAGAAAAAGAAAAUGCAUCAAAGUUGGUUACAGUAUUGAAUUCGAUCAAAAUAUCCUAUAUGUGCUUGAUUUUUAUAAAUAUCCUGCGAAUGGACUUUUAACAUGAAUAUUCCCCAUUCGUUGUCAAUUGUAAUUUGGAAGAGAACCGCUGACUAAUCGAUUUGAAGGUGUGGGUGUGGGUGUGGGUGUGGGUGUGGGGUGUGGGUGUGGGUGUGGGUGGGUGUGGGUGUGUAUGGGUGGGUGGGUGAGGGUGUGGGUAUGGGUGGGUGUGGAUCUGGGUGUGAGCGUAACCAGUAGCAGUUCAACAGCCACGCUUCGCCUACCUCGGUGC